AUGGCUUCUUCAUACCCACCACCAAUCGUCUACCAACUCCCCAAGAGUCCAUCCAAGUUAUCGACCAAGGUGCAAAGCCUAUUCACCGGCACCAAGCUUCGGAGCAAUGACUCGGCUCCGCAAACACACGGCAGUUUUGCCCACUUCAAGAACGUGUCGGAAUCCACCAUCGACUCCAACCUCACUGUCCGCGAUACGGGGACUAUGAGCAACGACGCGCGGGCGGCGGCAAGCGGGGGAAACGAAUCGAAUGGAACUUGA